AUGUCUGCCAUCUUCAAGAAGGCCAACACGGCCGUUAUUACGGGCGGAGCGUCGGGAAUCGGCCUUGCGCUGGCACAAAAAUGUGUCGGCUAUGGCAUGAGAGUCCUCGUUGCUGACUGGGACUCCGAGACUCUGGGUAAAGCUGGCGAGACGCUCGGGGGCGCUGCGAGUACCAUCCGUAUGGAUGUGAGUAAACUGGAGGACUGGAGUGGGCUUAAGGAUAGGGUUACAAAGGAGUUUGGAGGCCAGAUCAACCUCCUAGCACUCAAUGCCGGGGUCGGAGGCAAAACAGCCUUUGAGGGCGAGGGAGCGGAUCCGGCGGCGUUCCAGAGGAUUCUCAAUGUCAAUUUCUUCGGCGUUGUUAACGGUACCUUGACUCUACUACCGCUUAUCAAGGAGAAAGCCACCGCCUCCUCUGACUAUAAGGCUGCGAUUGUUAUCACGGGCUCUAAGCAGGGCAUCACAAACCCACCCGGAAACCCGGCGUACAACGCGAGUAAAGCGGCCGUCAAGUCCCUAGCCGAACAACUGAGCUUCGACUUGCGGGCGCAACCUAACAUAAGUACGCACCUACUAGUUCCCGGAUGGACUUGGACAGCACUAGCAGGCGCGGCGCCCGGGCGAGAGAAGCCGGACGCCCCCUGGACGCCAGCACAGGUGGCGGAUUACCUGGAGAAGAGGAUGGGAGAGGACAAGUUCUGGAUCCUAUGUCCGGAUAACGAUGUUGAUGAGGAGACGGACAGGCGGCGGAUGUUGUGGACGGCGGAUGAUGCGGUGAAUGGACGGUCGCCGCUGAGCCGUUGGCGAGAUGAGUAUAAGGAUGAGUUUGCUGCGUGGAUGGCGAAGAAAUGA